CUAAUGAUAUAUUUGAUCGACCGGAAUCCGUUGGCUUCAGGUUGUUCCUUCUGACAGUUGAAGACCAGAACCAGACAGUACAGCAGCACCGAAGACCGAUGUUAUUGUGAAAAAUAUAGUUGUGUCGUUGUUGAUACUAAUUAAGUUUAUGGAUUGUUUGAACAUACGAUAUGGCCAAUCUGUACAGUUUUACUUUAGUGCUCGCUCUGUGGAUUUAUUUUGUAGAAAGUGGAAGUGUCCAAUUAGAUGAUAAUAAUCAGUUAAAGAAAGUAUUUGGACCAAAAUUCGGAAAUUACGGAAAUCAUCCACCUCCGAGACAUGAUACGCCUGCAUCUUCAUGUAGUUGCACUUGUGGAGAAAGAAACGAAAACAGCAGGAUAGUUGGCGGAAAACCCACCCAAGAAAAUGAAUUCCCUUGGAUGGCUCGCCUCUCUUAUUUUAACCGAUUCUACUGUGGCGGAAUGUUAAUCAACGACCGUUACGUAUUGACUGCUGCUCAUUGUGUUAAAGGGUUCAUGUGGUUCAUGAUCAAGGUCACAUUCGGAGAACAUGACCGCUGCAACGACCAGAAGCGACCGGAAUCGCGUUUCGUGCUGAGGGCCAUUGCGGGCGCCUUCAGCUUCCUCAACUUCGACAACGACAUCGCGCUGCUCAGACUCAACGACCGCGUACCCAUCACGCAAACAAUUAAACCCAUCUGUCUCCCCAAGAACAAAGAUGAAUUGUACAUUGGUCGAAUAGCAAUUGCGUCCGGUUGGGGGACGCUUAAGGAAGAUGGAAAACCAUCGUGUAUUUUACAGGAGGUGGAUGUUCCAGUAAUCAGUAACGAAGAAUGUAGAAACACCAACUAUUCGGCGAAGAUGAUUUCGGAUAACAUGAUGUGUGCUGGAUACCCACAAAUUGGAAAGAAAGACUCUUGUCAAGGAGACAGUGGUGGCCCAUUGAUUACAGAGAAAAAGGAUCAACGUUAUGAAUUAAUAGGAGUUGUCUCUUGGGGUAAUGGUUGUGCAAGACCAGGAUAUCCAGGCGUGUACACAAGAGUGACUAGAUAUCUUGAUUGGAUAUUGGAGAAUUCCAAGGAUGGAUGCUUCUGCGAAGACUGAUUUUUAUUUAAUACUUUAAAAUAGGAGUGAUGUGAUAUAAGUAGUGAAUUUGUAUCAUUUAAUUUGACGAAGUAAUAAUGCCUUCCAAAUUCUAACUUAAAAUUAUUUAUGUUAUUUAAGAUUAGAUUCGCAAUACUAGGUAGAAUAACAAGCCAGUUGCUAUAAAUUCAAUAUAAGUUAACAAAUA